GUAGACAGGGCUGUCCACCCUUCCAUAUCUCCUCUCUCUCUCUCCCUCCCACCACUCUCCUCUCCUCUCCCUGUCACCCAUCCCUCUGCGUGUCCCCUUAGAGAAAAACACUACCACGCUUCCUUUCAACCUCAUACAUACCUGCAUUUAAUGCCACUAUCUACAAAUACUCUUCUCCUACUCUCACCAAACUCCCACCCAAACAUCAGCUUUGCGACUAACAACACCAUGCCUUCUCUUAUUCUCCUCGUUCUCCUACUAUCUCUUUCUAUUAAUGCAUGCGAUGGCCGUCAUCUAAUUGUUCAUGACAAAGAUUUCAACAGAGCUUUCCAUCACUCAAGCAAGGAUUCUGCAGUCGUGAGGCUCGACGACAAGACUUCAGCCCCACCGAAGCAAGCGUCAUCGGAGGAAGAGAUUCGGAGCAGUGCAACCGUGGGAAGGCCGAAAGACUUGGAGGCUCCUAUAAAGGAUGUUGAGGCAAAGAGAGAUGCAGCAGUAUCAGGGAGUGAGGUUCUAAUGCCUUCCUCUCACGCUGGAUUGCUACGAACAACCCGACCAAAGGUGAGAUCGGGGAGGCGAGUGCAAUCAUUGCUAGAAUACGAGUCUAAUGAAGUAACCAUAGGGUUCAACGAGACGAAUGCAGUCGUGGACCUGCUAGCCAUGGACUACCCAAAGCCCCGACGAGGACCAUCGACUCACAACAAAUAGAAACCUACGCGGGCGUUCUACCACAACUUAUAUAACUAAGGAAUCAGGUUGCAGGAGAAAGUUGUUAACAUUUGAGGAACAAGGUUCCUUCAUAAGACAAUAGUGCUUAGUUGUUUGAUAAUUGUAAUAAAUCUAAAAUUAAGUAAGGAAAGGAAGUAUAGAAGGUGUGGCAGUUGGAUUUCUCAUAAAUGAAGCAGGCAGUUA